AACUGCAUUUCCCAGCGUUCCUCGUGGCGACGGCCGUAAAGCGCGACGGUCGAACGGCCGGUUCCGGCUGAAUGUCAGUGCGGAGCUGUGGGCCGGGGAGGAAGGUGGUUGGCGGUCCCUUCACCACCUCCGCGGCUUGUGCUACCGCCGCGGGCUCCCGGCCGCUCGGCCGCCGGGGCAUGAGACCGUGAAGCGAACGACGAGCUGGGGCCGCCAACAUGUUUGGCCGCUCACGGAGCUGGGUGGGCGGGGGCCAUGGCAAGUCUUCCCGCAACAUCCACUCCUUGGACCACCUCAAGUAUCUUUACAACGUUUUGACCAAAAACACCACAGUCACAGAACAGAACCGGAACCUUCUAGUGGAGACCAUCCGUUCCAUCACCGAGAUCCUGAUUUGGGGUGAUCAGAAUGACAGCUCUGUAUUUGACUUCUUCCUGGAGAAGAACAUGUUUGUUUUCUUCUUGAACAUCUUGCGGCAGAAAUCAGGCCGUUACGUGUGCGUUCAGCUGCUGCAGACCCUCAACAUUCUCUUUGAGAACAUCAGCCACGAGACCUCACUCUAUUAUUUGCUCUCUAAUAACUAUGUAAAUUCUAUCAUCGUCCAUAAGUUUGACUUUUCCGAUGAGGAGAUUAUGGCAUAUUAUAUAUCGUUCCUGAAAACACUUUCGUUAAAACUCAACAACCACACUGUCCAUUUUUUUUACAACGAGCACACCAAUGACUUUGCCCUGUACACAGAAGCCAUCAAGUUUUUCAAUCACCCCGAAAGCAUGGUUAGAAUUGCCGUAAGAACCAUCACUCUGAAUGUCUACAAAGUGUCAUUGGAUAACCAGGCCAUGCUACACUAUAUCAGAGAUAAAACCGCUGUCCCUUACUUCUCCAAUUUGGUCUGGUUCAUCGGCAGCCACGUGAUCGAACUUGACAACUGUGUGCAGACUGAUGAGGAGCACCGGAAUCGGGGCAAACUGAGUGACCUGGUAGCUGAGCACCUGGACCACCUGCACUAUCUCAAUGACAUCUUGAUCAUCAACUGUGAGUUCCUCAACGACGUGCUCACGGACCACCUGCUCAACAGACUCUUCCUGCCCCUCUACGUGUACUCACUGGAGAACCAGGACAAGGGAGGAGAACGGCCGAAAAUCAGCCUGCCGGUUUCACUCUAUCUCCUGUCGCAGGUCUUCCUAAUUAUACAUCAUGCACCCCUGGUGAACUCGUUAGCUGAAGUCAUUCUAAAUGGCGAUCUGUCAGAGAUGUACGCUAAGACUGAACAGGAUGUUCCGAGAACUUGUGCCAAACCCAGCAUUCGGUGCUUCAUUAAACCCACCGAGUCGCUCGAGCGGUCCCUUGAAAUGAACAAGCACAAGGGCAAGCGGCGGGUGCAAAAGAGACCCAACUACAAAAACGUUGGGGAGGAAGAAGACGAGGACAAAGGGCCCACCGACGAUGCCCAAGAAGACGCCGAGAAGGCUAAAGGUACAGAGGGUGGUUCAAAAGGCAUGAAGACGAGUGGGGAGAGAGAAGAGAUAGAGAUGGUGAUCAUGGAGCGCAGCAAGCUCCCGGAGCUGGCGGGCAGCACCUCCAUGCAGGAGCAGAACACCACUGACGAGGAGAAGAGCGCGGCCACGGGCUUGGAGUGCGUGCGGUGGAACAGGCCCUUCCUGGACAUGGUGUACCAUGCGCUGGACAGCCCGGAAGAUGACUACCACGCACUCUUCGUGCUCUGCCUCCUCUACGCCAUGUCUCAUAACAAAGGCAUGGAUCCUGAAAAGCUAGAGCGAAUCCAGCUCCCAGCACCCAGUGCGGCCGAGAAGACCACCUACAACCACCUCCUGGCCGAAAGACUCAUCAGGAUCAUGAACAAUGCCGCCCAGCCAGACGGGAAGAUCCGGCUGGCCACUCUGGAACUGAGCUGCCUGCUUCUGAAGCAGCAGGUGGUGACCGGCGCGGGCUGCAUCAUCAAAGACGUGCACCUGGCCUGCCUGGAGGGCGCCAGAGAAGAAAGCGUCCACCUGGUGCGGCACUUUUAUAAGGGAGAAGAAAUUUUUUUGGACAUGUUUGAAGAUGAAUACAGGAGUAUGACCAUGAAGCCCAUGAACGUGGAGUAUCUCAUGAUGGACGCCUCCAUCCUGCUGCCGCCCACAGGCACGCCGCUGACAGGCAUCGACUUUGUGAAGCGGCUGCCCUGUGGUGACGUGGAAAAGACUCGGAGGGCCAUCCGGGUAUUCUUCAUGCUUCGCUCCCUGUCACUGCAACUGCGAGGGGAGCCCGAGACCCAGCUGCCACUGACGCGGGAGGAGGAUCUGAUCAAAACUGAUGACGUCCUAGAUCUGAACAACAGCGACCUGAUCGCAUGCACAGUGAUCACUAAGGAUGGCGGCAUGGUCCAGCGGUUCCUGGCUGUCGAUAUUUACCAGAUGAGUUUGGUGGAGCCCGAUGUGUCCAGGCUCGGCUGGGGAGUGGUCAAGUUCGCGGGCCUCCUGCAGGACAUGCAGGUGACCGGCGUGGAGGACGACAGCCGUGCCCUGAACAUCACCAUCCACAAGCCUGCGUCCAGCCCCCACUCCAAGCCCUUCCCCAUCCUGCAGGCCACCUUCGUCUUCUCAGACCACAUCCGCUGUAUCAUCGCGAAGCAGCGGCUGGCCAAGGGCCGCAUCCAGGCCAGGCGCAUGAAGAUGCAGAGGAUAGCUGCCCUCCUGGACCUCCCGAUCCAGCCGACGACCGAAGUCCUAGGGUUUGGCCUCGGCUCUGCCUCUUCCUCCCAGCACCUGCCUUUUCGCUUCUACGACCAGUGCCGCCGGGGCAGCAGUGACCCCACGGUGCAGCGCUCUGUGUUCGCAUCUGUGGACAAGGUGCCAGGCUUUGCCGUGGCCCAGUGCAUAAACCAGCACAGCUCGCCGUCUCUGUCCUCACCAUCGCCGUCUGCCAGCGGGAGCCCCAGCGGCAGCGGGACCACCAGCCACUGUGACUCAGGAGGUGCCAGCUCAUCGUCCACACCCUCUGUUGCCCAGAGCCCAUCAGAUGACCCCAUGACGAUGGAACAGCCUCCGCCUAACCUUCCCGACCAGUUGGUGAUCGUCAACGAAACGGAAGCGGACGCCAGGCCCAGCAAGAGCCUGGCACAGAGCGGGGGGGACGUGGAGACAGUCAGCCUGUCCCCCAGCCUCAUCCCCGCCCAGCAGCCCACCAUCUCUCUGCUCUGUGAGGACACUGCCGACACGCUGAGCGUGGAGUCGCUGACCCUCGUCCCACCUGUUGACCCCCACAGCCUCCAUACCCUCACUGGCAUCUCCCCGCCAGCCACACCAGCUGCAGAGGGCACAGUGACCCCAGACGAGGAGGCUGCUCGCUCGGGGCCAGCGGGUCCCACCGAGCCCUGAGUCGGCGCCGAGUGGCCUCCCUUUGUGCGCGUGGCCCCGCUGGUAGGGACCCAGUGCCACUGACUCCAAAGCCACAUCGGGAGCUUCUGCAGUCCUCCAAGGCCCCCAGUGACCAUCUCCGCCACCCACCCCUGCGCUCCCUGGCUCCGUCUGAAUUCCACUUUCACUUUGCACUUCCCUGAGGGCAGACUGGGACUGGUGGAGACACCCCAGCAAAGCCAGAUGACCAAGGCGCCACCUCAGGGAGAAGGUUGGGCUCGUGGUCUCUGAGCCCGGCAGCCCCAGGGUGGCAGGACCCACCGGCACCACUGCUCUCAUCAGCCAGCCUUUCCCCAGCGUGUCCAGGAGAAGCGGACAAGGUCACUUGAGACAUUUGUAGAAAAGCAAACUUCGAUCAACAUCUCCUUUGGGUAUUUAUUUCCGCUUCUGGCAGCAGGUGAAAAGCAUUUAUUUUUAAAGCAUCUAUUUAAGAAAAGAAAAAGUCCAAAAAAAUCCUUAAUGCUAAGGUGUGAUAUCAUGUAAAAAGUGUAAGAUUACUGUUUCAUUUUCACUUUCCCUUGAACUUCCCAUGUUUUGGUUUAGAGUUCUCAGCCCGGCUGUCUCUGUUUUCUGAAGUGAUGCUUAUUUCUGUAUUACUAACUCCGCAAGCCUGUGGGAUGACAAAGCACCUGCUGGGAAAGUUAAGAGUAUUUUUUAAACAGAAUAAGGGAGACCCCUGUAUUCUCAGGUACACACAGAGUGAAGAAGGCCAAAAGUUUCUGUCGGGCAGCCAAGGGGCCCGGCGUCACCUGAGAGGAGACAGUGAGGUCAGCUCCUGGCUUAGGACCCAUUUCUCAUCUCUCUGGACUGAAACCAAACAGGACAGUUUGCUCAUACUUUUGUGCAGGAGACGCCAGCUCCUGACCAGCUGCAAGGGUGUGACAUCCAAGCUCUCGGAGUCAUCCUGGGAGCUUGGGGUUGGUUGCUGUUCCUCUCAGCUGCUGCUGCAAAGACACAAGCUUGUUUUUAAAACUCACCACCCCCCAAUCCCUUGUCCCUUUGGGCUGGGACUGUGGACGUCAGCUCUCCACCCUGUCCAGUAAAGCAGCUGAGGUGUUCCUCUGUACCACGCACGGCCAAGCCACCCUCCCUUCCCUCCGGUCAGUGCUAAGACCUUCCACAACUUUCCUCCACGUGUUUACUCGGGGUGUCAGCGCUCACGGGGCCGACAUCAGCCAGGCCCGGGUCCCGGGUGGCCUGAGGACAUCCUGUGAGUGUUCAUCUGCCUAUUAGAGGAUCCGAUCCUUGCCGCCUCCUUCAGUCCAGCUGUCGGAAUGAUCUGCCAAGGCCAGAUUUCAAACUCCUGAAGGACACAGGGUCCCAAGGAGGAAGGGGAGUGGUCUCUCCAGUCAUCAGAAGCCCUUCAGGUAGCCGUGCCCACCCAGCUUCAACAAAGAAAAGACCCAGCUCAGAAAGGAGGCCAUUUGGGCAGUAAUUCAGGGGCCCCAGCGAAGAGGACAAGCCAUGACCAUCAGCAGAGCCAGGUGGGACGGAAGAAAGGGAAGGACCCUCCAUGGGGAGACAGGGUGCCGUCAGGGACAGCGGUGCCUUGGGCCGCCAGCCGCCAGCCGUGCGUCCUGCUUGACCUCCAUUGCUUGGAUGUGGGAGCAGGCCAGCCCAGGGCCAUGCACUUCUGGUUUUCAAAUGACUGGGACAGCGGGAGUGAGAAGAGGAGCGACUCCCCAAGCCAGUGGCAUUGUGAGGGACAAGCCCUGCAGGUGGACCCAGGCCCUCCACUGGGACCGCCAGCCUGCGGUCCGAAAUCCAGUGGCUGCAAAUGGCUUCAUGGCUGCCGAGCACUGAGGGAGAAAGGUCUUGGGCAGGGGGACAGCGUGCCCAGGGGACGUGCGGCAGCACUGCCUGGACUGGGAGAGCUGAAUGCAGCCCGGCCUCCGUGACUGUCCAAGGAAAGGUGCAGACUGGGCCCAGCUCCUGCCCCGCGGCCCUGGCCAAGGGCAGGCCUCUCCCGGGGGUGAGCUUGCAGGGUGGCCCCACUUGUUGCUGAGGAGGAGGUCAUGUGUCCUUGUGCUGGGAGGUCUGGGGUCCGGAGGAGGCAGGCCUGGGCUCUGAAGAAGGUCCCACCUCAGCAGGUCUUGGCCAUCUUGGCGGCAGUGGGCACAGCUGUGUUUUCAGGAGCACCCCACAAACCUAACAGUGGGGGCGCUCCAGGCUGGCCAGUCCAAACAGAGCGCUGGCUUGCUGGGGUUGGGAGAGAGAGCACAGAGCCAGGAUUCUUGGAGAGCAUGGAGCAGAGCCUAGACUUAGAUUCCGGGGUCCAGCCCAUCCAGCCCCCCCAUCUCCACAUCCCGGCAGAGGCAGCGGCUGGGGCCGAUUCCAUCCUCCCCAAGUCCACAUGGGGCCCCUUGGGUUUGCCAAGUCAAGGGCAGGGUUGGCCACAUGAACCCCCAAACCGCAACUUUGAAAGUCGCUGUGGAGAAGUGCAUGUCCUUUCCUGUUGGAGGGCUUGAGCAAGUGAGGGCGCCUCUCCCCAAAGGUCAGACAGAGUGAGCUCAAGAGCACCCCAGGGAGGAGCAGGGGGACCAGCCCCAAAGCCACGGAGAGAUGUGGGGCAGAUG